AUGAUCAAUAUAAUACAAGUAAGUGUAUCAAUUGAUUCAUCAAAUAGUUGGAUUGUUCAAAAUGAAAAUGAAGGCUUCAUUAUUGAUUGUGGUUGUUAUUGGGAACAUGGUUUAGUACUUGGUCAAAAAUGGCGUGAAAAAUUUUCUAAUGGUACAUUACCAUCAUUUAUUUUUCUUACACAUACACAUCCAGAUAAUAUUCUUGGUCUUGUUAGUCUUUUGAAUGAAUUGAAUGUUACUCAAUUACCAGUUUAUGUUAGUAAUUCAGGUGCUUUAAAUGAAAUGAAUUAUUGGCUAGAAAUUUGGCGUCGAAUUAAUCCAUUUGAAACAUCAAUAUUACUUGAUCAACGUCAAUCACCUGAUCAAUUUUUAUAUAAUGAUCAUAUUAAAGUACUUGAUCGUCCAUUAACUAUAUUUAAUAAUGAACAAAUACAUAUCAUUUCAAAUUUUCCCACUGCUGAAUCAAUUCAUUCAUCAAUGAUUUAUAUACCUUCAAUAAAAGCUUUAUUUACUGGUGAUCUUGUUGUUGUACGUAGUCAUUUAUUUGUAUCACCAUCGGAUACUUAUCCUGAUUCAGAUAAUCAUGUAUGUAAUUGGAUAGGUAUUUUACAAAGUCUUAGUUGUACAUUUUCGGAAUCUACAAUUAUUUAUCCAGCACAUGGAGAUGGACCAUCAACAAUGUCAUUUAUUGAUACAAUCGAUACAAAUAUACGAUGGUUAACUUAUAUGAGAGCACUUGUCUUUAAUUCAUGUAAUACAACAUUUGUUAUGCGUAUAUUAGAAGAUGUUUUUCGUAAUUAUUCAAAUAUCGAACAAUCACGUGCAUCUCUUGCUAAUCGAAUUCCACAAUCAGCUAUGGCAAUGGGUUGUAAAUGUUCUCAAAAUUCUCCAAAUACUUGUGGUGGUCUUCAACCACCUACAUGUCAAUUUAUACCAAAAAAUAAAACUCAAUCAUUAGAAUCAAUUGCUAUGCCUAUUGGUUGUAUUCAUAAAAAAUUAUUUUCAUCAUGCUUACGUCUCGAAAUUAAAUAUUCUAUUCUGUUCAUUAUACUUUUAAUAAAUAUAACUUUUAAUAUAUUUUAA